AUGUCCUACGAAGAAAGAUUAAAUAUGGGAAGUAAAGCUGUGGCUUUGGAAAAUAUAACAAGUUGGAAGGAUUAUGCUGAAAAACACAAGAACAGAUUAAGUAAACUGGAUGUCGAUUCAUACAAAACAACAUAUAAUGUUAAACCACACACUUGUAAUCCCGAUAUGAACGAUAGAAUAUCUCUAUGGAAAGGAGAUAUAACAACAUUAGGAGUUGAUGCGAUUGUCAAUGCUGCAAAUAGUUCUCUAUUAGGAGGUGGUGGAGUCGAUGGAGCCAUUCAUAGAAAAGCUGGAAAAUUUCUUUUGGAAGAAUGUAAAACUCUUAAUGGUUGUCCGACAGGUUCGGCUAAAAUAACAGGAGGUUAUAACCUUCCUUCGAAAUAUGUGAUUCACACUGUUGGUCCUCAAGGUGAAAAACCAGACUUAUUGGAAUCUUGUUACAAAUCAUGUUUUCAUUUAAUGUUGGAUAAUAAUUUAGAAUCGAUUGCUUUUCCAUGCAUAUCGACUGGAAUUUAUGGUUAUCCACAGGGACCGGCAGCUGUCGUGGCAUUAACAUGUGCUAGAAAUUUUCUAGAAUCUAAUUUAUCAAAAGUUAAGGAACGAAGAAGAAGAAGAAGAGGAGAUGACGAAGGAGAAGAAGAAGAUGAAGACGAAGAAGAAGAAGAAAACGAAGAAGAUGAAGAUGAAGACGAAGAAGACGAAGAAGAAGAAGAAGAAGAAGAAGAUGAAGACGAAGAAAACGAAGAAGACGAAGAAAACGAAGAAGACGAAGACGAAGGAGAAGAAGAUGAAGACGACGACGAAGACGAAGAAAACGAAGACGACGACGAAGAAGAAGAAGAUGAAGACGAAGACGAAGAAGAAGAAGAUGAAGACGAAGAAAACGAAGAAGAUGAAGACGAAGAAGAAGAAGAAAACGAAGACGAAGACAACGAAGAAGAAGAAGAAGAUGAAGACGAAAACGAAGAAGAAGAAGAAGAUGAAGACGAAGACGAAGAAAACGAAGAAGAAAACGAAGACGACGACGAAGAAGAAGAAGAAGAUGAAGACGAAGACGACGACGACGACGAAGAAGAGGAGAUGACGAAGGAGAAGAAGAGAUGA